UGUACUAACAACUGCAGCGUAGACGAUCUUUGGUAGAUGACGUAGGUUACGUGCGUGUCCCCGGACGACGUGGCGUAACAAACCGCUAGCUUCGCCUGCACCGCUGCUACCGUUGAGCCAGUUAGCCCCUAACGGCGGAAAGCAAGCAGGGUUGAGAACGUCACGAGCUUCAGUGUCGUUUAAUCAUCAAUACAUAAUCAUCUCCUGCGGCCGCCAAAAUGAUUUCACUCACGGAUUCACAAAAAAUUGGGAUGGGGCUGACAGGGUUCGGUGUGUUUUUCCUCUUCUUUGGGAUGAUGCUGUUUUUUGAUAAAGCUCUCCUCGCCAUUGGAAAUAUCCUGUUUGUGUCAGGCUUGUCCUUCGUCAUCGGUCUGGAGCGAACGUUCAGGUUCUUCUUCCAGAAACACAAAGUGAAAGCCACCAGCUUCUUCCUGGGAGGAGUGCUGGUGGUUCUCAUUGGCUGGCCGAUCAUUGGAGUCGUCCUGGAGAUCUACGGUUUCUUCCUCUUAUUCAGAGGAUUCUUCCCGGUGGCGGUGGGCUUCAUGAGACGAGUACCUGUGCUCGGGUCUUUGCUCAGUUUACCAGGGAUCAGUACACUGGUGGAUAAAAUUGGAGAGAGCAACAAUAUGGUAUAACAGAGGACCGUUUUUGAAUCAGAGGAGAGCGUCUGUAUUUAUCAUAGUUUCUAAUAGUGACUGUAUACUUUGGUCAUUGCCACUCCGGAACUGUGACACCAAUCUAAGUGUAUCUGUGGAUGUUUGACUGACAUCAAGAUGUUUUGUAUCUGACAGCCAAGAGAUUUUUUAAAUUAUUAUUUUAAAAUCUGGAAGCAGGUCUCCCAUUUCCUAUCAUUCCUGUCUGGUAUUUAUGGGCUGAUAACUUGGGACCACUGGAUUAACUCAGCGAGAGGAGAGUCGGCAGCUCUUUGCAGCAUCCUCUCCUCCAGAUCGUGUGCCUGAACUGAGAGGGUUUUUUUAAGAGUCCUUCGAUGAAGUGUUACUGGAUUUUUGUACAUUAAGAAAAUAAAUAAUGUUGAGCUAAAUGUUACUCGGGCAAAGACACCUGAACAGUUGUGGAAAAGGUUUUAGAUGCUUUCUAUGGAAAUGUUUUACUGUAACUUUUUGUAAGUGCAUACUUGGAAUAAA